AUGGAAGCUCUUGGACUUCUUGAAGAUGGAGGGACCCUUCCAGGCAAAUCCCGAGAUGGCCGCAUCAACGCAGAAGCCCAGCGGAAAUUGGGAGAGACCCUCGAAUCCUUGGGGAUUGCUGGAGAAGGCAACGGGCCCUACUGCAGCCAGCUGCAACCGGACAAGAGGUCUUUGCUGAAUGUCCGAGAGAAGGUCAAGCUGGACGUGGAGUUCAAGCGAUUGCAGGACCGAGGAGCCGCCAUUGAUGAUGAUGCUUAUGUGGAUGUAGCAAGAAGUGUGAUGAACAGCAACAUUGGCGUCUACGCCCGUGGUGGCUUGGGUCCUGCACUGACAUGCCACAUGAAGCUCUGGUCUUUUCGACGACAACAGUUUGUGCCAGCGGAGGCUGCCGUGGCUGCAAACUGGAGCCAUGGUAAUAUGUGUGACAUGACAUGA